AUGGAUAAGAGUUGGAUGCAAGGGAAAUCUAGGUUGCAUCCUGCAUAUAAAAGAGGUGUUAGAGAAUUUAUCAAGAUUUUUCGAGAUCACACAGAUAGCAUGGGAAGGACUCGUUGCCCGUGUGCCCGAUACAAAAAUAGUCAUUUGGAGCCCAUCCAGGUGGUUGAAGAUCACUUGCAAGAUUUUGGCAUACACAGGAAUUAUACACUAUGGAUACACCAUGGCGAAGAUUAUGAAACUGUCUCUGAUGAUGACGGUGUUGAUGAAGAAGAAACACAAGGUUAUACAACUGAUGGGGUUAGUGAACUUCUUGAAGAUGUGUGUGCCAGAGCAAACAACAAUGAAAGUUCAGGUACACAAAACAGUUGUGAAAACAUAGAUAUGUUUGAUAGUCUCUUGAAGGAUGCCUGCAAGCCUUUGUAUCCUAACUGCAAGAACUUUUCGAAGUUAGAGUUUGUUAUAAGGUUGAUGCAUAUCAAGAUAAUGAAUCACAUGAAUAACAAAUCAUUCCAGAUGAUCCUUGAUUUGAUUAAAGCGGCAUUGCCUGAAGGUGAGACACUUCCAAACACCUACUAUGAGGCUAAGAAAUUAUUGAGGAACCUUGGACUUGGUUAUACAGUAAUUCAUGCAUGCAGAUACGAUUGUGCACUUUUUUGGAAUGAAAAUGAGAAUCUUGAAAUGUUUCCAAAGUGUAAUGAGCCAAGGUAUAAAGUCGUCGAGGGAAAAGGAAAGAAGAUACCUCAGAAAAAAGCGGAGAAAAAUGUGUUUAGGCAUCCAGCUGAUUCUAAAAUUUGGCAAGAGCUCGAUGAGAAACAUAAUUGGUUUGCCAAAGAUGCAUGUAAUGUCCGUCUUGGCAUUGCAAGCGAUGGGUUUAUUCCAUCUAAUGACCUCAAUGGAAAACCACACAGUAUUUGGCUUGUAAUUGUUGUUCCAUAUAAUUUUCCACCUUGGAGAUGCAUGAAAGAGCCCUUUAUAUUUUUGACUCUACUAAUACCAGGACCUAACAGUCCCGGAAAUGAUAUCGACGUUUAUCUGAGGCCGCUGAUAGAUGAAUUAAAAGAGUUAUGGGAAAUUGGUGUGCAGACUUUUGAUGCAGAUUCAAAGGAAGUAUUUCAGCUUCAUGCUGCGUUGUUAUGGAGAUCAAUGAUUUUCCUGCAUAUGGAAACUUAUCUGGAUGGAGUACUCAUGGGUAUUUAG